AUUGUAUCAUGCCACCUAAACGUAAAGCAGCCACGAUGUCUUCUGAAGUCUUAGUACCUAAAAAAGUAAAAGUACAGAAAAGAAAACAAGAAGUUCAUAAGGCCAACAAAGAGAAAGAAACACGUCAAACAUGGUUUGAUAGAUAUGCAGAUCCAGAUACUCGAGAUAUGAUUUCACCUGAUGGCUGUCAACAGUUUUUUACUGAUUUAGGUGUAGAUUUAGAAAGUGUUGUUCCUCUUGUUGUAGGAUGGAAAAUAAAUUCAAAAAGAAUGGGAUACAUGACACAACAAGAAUUCAUGCAAGCCAUGGCGACUUACAAUAUCACUACACCUGAUGAAUUCAAGAAAUUGCUUAAAGCAUGGGAAAUCAGUUUAGAUGAUCCAGAUCAAUUUAGACAACUCUAUCUCUUUUCAUUCAAUCAUGUUAAAUCAUCAGGACAAAAGAGCAUGGAUGUAGAAACUGCCAUUGCCUUAUGGAAUCUAUUGUUGACACCAAAAUACCCUAUUAUUCAUUCUUUUAUUCAAUUUCUUCAGGAAAAGAAACCUGUCAAAGUGAUCAAUAAGGAUCAAUGGUCUAGUUUGCUAGAUUUCUGUAAGGCUGUUCCUGAAGAUCUUUCUCAAUAUGACUGUACUUCUUCAUGGCCUGUCUUGUUUGAUGAUUAUGUAGAAUGGCAUAUCCACUGUAAAUAAAGUCACUUUUUUUUUUAUAAUACAAAAUCUAC